AUGUCACUGUAUCGAUUGGUGUUUGGUAAGGCAUGUCAUUUACUGGUGGAACUUGAGCACAGAGCUUACUGGGCUGUGAAAAGGUUAAACAUUGAUCUCUUUAUGGCCGGAAAAAAUAGGCUUAUGGAGUUGAACGAGUUCAAUGAAUUUCAGAAUGAAGCUUAUGAGAAUGCGAGGAUUUAUAAAGACAAGUCGAAGGCCUUUCAUGAUAAGCGGAUACUUAGGAAGGAUUUUCAACCAGGAGACAAGGUGAUGCUAUUUAAUUCUCGAUUUAAGCUCUUUCCUGAUAAAUUGAAGUCGAGAUGGUCAGGACCAUAUACAGUUGUUGCUUCCUUUCCAUAUAGAGCGGUGCAAAUUCAUAGCGAGAAAACAGGACACUUUAAGGUGAAUGGUCAGAGAUUGAAGGAUUAUUUAGAAGGCCUGGUAGAAAAAUGCAAGUUUGUGGUCAUUAUGGAACCACUCUGA